AACUGAUAAUGAAAUUUGCCACGUGAAUAGAGAUCACAUGGUGAAUUAAUCUGGUCGAGUUUUGCAAGAGCAGGAGAAAUGGUUUGGUGAGUGCGAGGAAUGGGUUUAGGAUGAAGAACAAAACCGCUGAACUGGGGGCAGCUCUGGAAUUCUUUGGAGAAUUGAAUUAAAAAUUCUCUUUCCGUUGCCUUUUUUUAGUUGCUAUAGUUUGAUCAUGCAUGGAUAUACUCAUUCCAAAUGCAUAGACACAAGGCCAGAGAAAUCUAGCACAUAGAUAGGGAGACAGUUGCAGAGAGGGGUAGAUAGAGAGAAUUGGAUGAAUUUGAUCCGUUUUAGGAUCUGGGUUUGCUCUGUAGUUUGAGGAGGAUCUAUAACAGCAGUUGUUCGCUUGAUUAAUUUUGAGUGUUGGAAUAAUCAUCAAUGGCGACCAGGAGACCUCUACAGUGUUUCCUGAAGAGGGCUUGCAACGGGAGGAAUUUCAGUGUUCUUCCCCAGAAAAGCAGCCCUCCCUCUUCUCAAGAACUCAUGAAUUUGGAAUAUGAAUACAGUGCCCACAAUUAUCAUCCAAUUCCAGUGGUAUUUUCACAAGGAAAGGGUUCACAUGUAUGGGAUCCUGAAGGCCACAAAUAUCUGGACUUCCUCUCAGCUUACUCUGCUGUUAAUCAGGGGCAUUGUCAUCCAAAGAUCAUUAGAGCUUUAGUUGAACAGGCAGAAAGGCUCACUCUGAGCUCUAGAGCCUUCUACAAUGAUCAAUUCCCAAUAUUUGCAAAGCAUAUAACAACGAUGUUUGGCUAUGACAUGGUUCUUCCAAUGAAUACUGGGGCUGAAGGUGUGGAAACAGCACUGAAGUUGGCAAGAAAAUGGGGUUAUGAGAAGAAAAAAAUUCCCAAGGAUGAGGCAAUUAUUGUAUCAUGUUGUUGCUGUUUUCAUGGUCGUACCUUGGCUGUGAUUUCUAUGAGCUGUGACAAUGACGCUACACGUGGUUUUGGACCGUUGUUGCCUGGUCAUCUUAAAGUUGAUUUUGGUGAUGCUGAUGCACUAGAGAGGAUCUUUAAAGAAAAAGGAAAUCAGAUAGCAGGAUUUUUGUUUGAACCUAUUCAAGGAGAGGCUGGGGUUAUACUUCCACCAGAUGGGUAUUUAAAAGAUGUCAGAGAUCUCUGCACAAAGUACAAUGUUCUAAUGAUUGCUGAUGAAAUACAAACUGGCAUAGCACGUACUGGGAGAAUGCUGGCUUGUGAUUGGGAAAAUAUCCGACCUGAUGUUGUG